ACAACACAUAAAAAGUCUAGUUGAUUAACGAUGGAAAAUGAGAUAUUGGAAGAAAAAUUUAUAGAUUGGAGAGGAAGAGAUACAAUCCCUGGAAAACAUGGUGGGAUUAGAGCUGCUUCUAUUGCUUAUGUUGUGGAGCUACUGGAGAUCAUGGUGUCCAUAGCUAUUGGAAACACCAUGGUGUUAUAUUUCAUGAAAUCAAUGCAUUACUCACCAGCCGAAGCAGCAAACAUGGUGACCAAUUUCAUUGGAACAUCUUAUUUGCUCACUCUCUUUGGUGGAUUCGUGGCUGACUCGUUCCUCACUCGCUCCACAACUUUCAUCAUCUUCUGUUCCAUUGAAAUAUUGGGUUUGCUUGUGUUGACAUUUCAAGCUCAUUACCCUAAUCUACAACCUGAGGGAAAUAAAACACCAUCAACUCUUCAAUCAACGGUUCUUUUCACGGGACUUUAUUUGUUCGCCUUUGGUACGGGCGGUACUAGGCCCUCGUUGCUUGCACACGGAGGUGAUCAGUUUGAUAGUAGACACCAAAGAGAGAUCUCGAAAUUCUUCAAUUGGUACUACUUCUUUGUCUGCUUUGGAUGGCUCAUGGCUAUAACCGUUAUGGCUUGGAUCAAAGAGCUUUUCAAUAUAUCAAUUGUGCUUCUAGCGAUUGCGCUAUGUAUUUUUGCACUAGGAUUACCUUUGUAUCGAUUGAAACGUCCUAGUGGAAGUCCCUUGACAAGGAUUGCAAAUGUCUUUAUUUCUGCCGCAAGGUAUCGCAAUGGUUCUGUUUUGGAUGUAGAGAUGAUGCAAAGUCUCACAUUUACUGACAACAAUAUUCAUCACCACAACAAGUUAAAGUGUUUAGAUAAAGCAUUGUUGAACAAAAACAUCUCCGCAACACAAGUUGAAGAAACAAGAACAUUUAUCGGUCUCCUACCAAUCUUUUUGAGCACGAUUGUUAUGAAUACUUGUGUGGCACAAUUACUGACCUUCACCGUACAACAAGGCAUGACCAUGAACAGAAAAAUCUCUUCUUCAAUCGAAAUCCCCGUACCUUCCCUCAACGUCAUCUCAAUCAUCUUCAUGCUCGCUUUCAUAUCCUUAUAUGAACUCUUCGGGAAAAGUAUCAACAGAACAUCAAGCUUCUCUUUAAAACGAAUUGGACUCGGCUUGACUCUCUCCUCUAUUUCAAUGGCGGUUGCAGCCAUUGUUGAGGCCAAGAGGAAACACGAGGCGGUUCAAAAUGACGUUAGAAUCUCUGUUUUCUGGCUAAUGUUUCAAUAUCUCAUGCUAAGUUUCUCGGAUAUAUUGACCUUGGGAGGGAUGCAAGAGUUUUUCUAUAGAGAAGCUCCAGCAACUCACUUCUUGUGGCGAUCACCAAUGCGGUCUCGGGCUGGCUUGGCCAUCAAUGGUUAGGUGGGGAAGAUCUGAAUAAAUCCAGACUUGAUCU